GCUACAUAUAAUGCAUGAUAACUCAGAAAUUACUGGUGCUCUAUUGGGUUUUGCCUUUUUCAACUUCUUCGCCUUUUUCAUAUUGGCUUUUUGGAUUCUAUUGCUUCAACAAUUCACCAUUGAUAGUGAGAUUGCAAUUUAUUGUUCCGCAGUUGUUUGGAGCAUUAAUAUCGUCAGUCCACCAAUCAUUGAGAGACUAUUCCGUUGCGACAAAAAUUGGAAAGCACUUUUCGCAUGCGGAUUGAGCACGAUCGUUUCUGCUUGUACCAUCGGCUCAUCUCCAUUAUACGAAUGUAGUCUCAUCGCCUUUGCUCUCUUUUUAGCUGUUCAUUUUGGAAUUGGAUAUUUGUUGCUUAAAACUCCUCAAACCAUCGAAAAUAGCACGAUUUAGAUCCUUGAUUUGUUUAGAAUGAUCAUGAGCCUGAUCGUUACCCAAAUGGGGUUUGCGAUGCGAAACGAUGUUUCCUUCGUCGCUGACAAAAUAUCUUUUUGGUAUCUAAGGGUAUUUUUCUUUGUACAUUACAUUUUUAUGUGCGCGUUCACCUACUUCAUUGGGUUGGCAAAUCUAUAUCCACUAGAAGAUUCUUUGGAAAAUCGAGAGAUCACCCAAUUCUUAGAAUAUGUGCCCGAGGCUCGAGACAAAUCGAUCGACUUCUUCACGCUAAAAUUCGAAGAAUUGAGUAAAGCUCUCAACCAUUGCAAAAAGCUCAGAAAGGAGUUGGAGGAAAUGGUCUGAAU